UCGUAAUGCCUAUGUCUUGGAAGAAAAGCCUCAUGGAAGGUAGAAGGCAACCUAGGCCAAAAGUCCGCUGCCUAGUAACACGACACGUGAUCUGUAGGACAUUAAAUAAAAUGAUUUAAUAAAUGCAUGUAAAUAUAAACGCAUUACCCAUUAAAGUAUUACGUAGACCAGAGGUUUACGUGAUUAACUAGGAAUCACAUGACCUGGGAUCUGGCGAGGUUGUUCGGCUUGGGUUGCUGAGACUGCCUUAACCUUCGCCAGGUGAGACGGGAGUGGCCGCACGCAAUGCGUGGUGCGCAGAGGCUGGAAAGUCUUUCCUGAUUGGUUAGUUGAGAGACGUACCGGGGGACAUACUACCCUGCCUGAGCACCUCUACAUAAAAGCCCACCCCAUUCUCUACCCUCCUCUAUCUUCUUCUUUUCAUAAUCUCUCCUCUUCAUCUACCUACCCAAUAGUUUCCAUCAAAAAGGGCGUCUUCAAUAGACCAAAACAUCAUGGAUCAAAUUGCUCUCCAUGUCUGCAUCACUUAUACUUAUGGAUAUCACAGGCGAUCGCGAACGUCUAGCAAUCGUCCGCCGUCCAAGCUAUAAGCCAGACAUCGUCUCCAUGAAAUACGUAAUGGAGCUUCCACGCGGCCAGGAAGUUGCCCAACUGCCAUUGUACCAGAACUUUUCCCAUCAGGAACCUCAGGCUGGUUAUGCCCACCGGUAUGACUACCAGUCUGUAGGCAUGGAGUAUGGUGGGGUAUUACAGAAACGUGACCAGAGCUCGGUGGACAGUAACCACAACCAUCACCAAGCGUUAUCUUUAAGGCAGAAUACAGACACAAUCCCUGAUUUUCGAAUGCAGACCGAGAGUGGCCGUCGCAGUCAUGAAAUUUGGCGGGAGAGAACAGGAACGCAAUCGUGCCACAAUUCCCAGGGCCCCAAGGAGCCACGGAGGAAGCAUAGGGAAGCCGUGCAUUUUCUUGAAGGCCAUGUGAGAGAUGAGUCCCCAGUGAAACAGGACCUCAUUCUGAGUAAGCAUCGGAAAUCGUCUCGCGAUGCAUAUUAUGAUGUCGAUAGAGCAUCCUCAGGAAACUUGCACCGCCGCACAAGUACUCACACGAGGCCGAUGCUUCCAAGACAUAAGGGAAUCAAUGAGGCCUAUGAUAGCGAUGGAGAAGACGAAGCUUGGGAUAGUCAUGAACAUAGACAUCAUGGCCAUAAGUCAGUCCCACCAAAGGCUCCUAGGAUUCCAAGGCUUCCAACUCCUGAUUUCGAUGAGAUGGAUUACGGAGAGCACUACUCCAAGAUGUUUGACUUUUGCGCAUGCUGCGAUGGUUCUAACAUCUGCAAAACGCGUCCUGAAGGGGGGGAGAGUGCUAGUGUGAAGAUGGAAAGACAAGUGCAUGAUGCGAGGACCUACAUCACCCGACGGAACUCAUUAUGUCGCUAAAAGCAAAAAGUGAUCAGUCUGUUUUUUAGGUGUCCAGCAAGAGAAGGACGAACGUUGAGUUACCUGCCAGGCAAUCGAGUGCGGCCGGUGUGGUAUGUGGUGUAUG